AUGAAAUGUAUUAAAACUGUCUUGCAGAUAAUUUUUCUUUUAAAUGUGUGUUUCGCGACGUUAUCGCCACCCUCCGAUAAGAAGGGGCAGAAGGGUGUAAAACCACAAGAGGGACCGAGGAAAAAUAAUGUUCUAGAUCGAAAGUUAGUCAAUGAAUCGCCUUUAGUGAAAGAUAUUAUAAAAUAUCAUGCUACAUACCACCAGGAUGUGACAACACGCAACUUUAAGAAUGCUGUUUUGGGUUACGUUACGCCUUGGAACAACAAGGGCUAUGAUGUGGCGAAAACAUGGGCUCCUAAGUUCAACUACGUGUCCCCAGUUUGGCUACAAAUCAAGCGCCAAUCUCCCAACAUAUACAUUAUAUCUGGGCUGCAUGAUGUUGACCAUGCCUGGAUGAAAUCAGUCAAGCAAAAAGGUUCUACCACCAAUCUCAAAUUGUUGCCAAGAAUACUCUUCGAGAACUGGCAGCCAUCAGACUUGAAGGCAUUCUUCAUGGAGCCCACCUCCCACACAGAACAGAAGGCUCUAAUAGAAGAAAUAAAGAAAGCAUGCAAACAAUGGAAGUUUGACGGGGUUGUACUAGAAGUACUUUCACAGAUUGGCAAAUAUGUUGACAAGUCGGUCAAGUUUAUACAGCAGUUUGGUUUGGAGAUGAGUGAAGAUGAUUUAAGUCUUAUUCUAGUCUACCCACCCUUCCGAGGGUAUCCCACUGAUGAGUUCUUCAUCCAAGCAUUUAAUGAUAUCUACCCUUAUGUAGAGGCUGUCUCAGUCAUGACCUAUGACUUUUCUAAUCCACAAAAGCCAGGGCCAAAUGCACCUCUAUACUGGGUUAGGUUAUGUGUGGAGAAACUCAUAGACAAUGAUGAAAACCCAUCAAAGAGGUCGAAGAUCUUAUUAGGUCUGAAUUUCUAUGGAAACUCUUAUACUGCCAAUGGUGGUGGUCCCAUUGUUGGGACGGAGUACAUAGAGUUACUUAAAAAUGCGAAGAGCAAUCAAGCUUUGUCGUAUAAUAAUAAUACGGCUGAGAACUAUGUGGAGAUAAGAACAUCUCAGGGUACGAAGAAGAUAUUCUACCCCACUUUAUAUUCAAUACAAAAACGUCUCGAGUUGGCCAAGGAGUAUGGUACGGGAGUAGCAAUAUGGGAGCUGGGGCAAGGCCUCGAUUUCUUCUACGACUUAUUCUGA